AUGGUCACCUGGAUGAAAGAACAGGGCGACAUCGAUGUCCAUUUCGGGUUCGAUGCGAACAUGGGAUACUUUCUCAUUGUCUACGAUAUGCGUCUCGCGGCCUAUAUUCCCGACGGGACUGAAUUCGACGACGUCCGUUAUGCCGUAUCUGCAGACGGUACUGGGGCCUAUUUCACGGCUUAUACUGGGACUCACAGACAGGGACGACGUGUCAGUGUUGAGACGAUGAGGAAGCUCUGGAAGGCUUAUAGAGUCUACGAGGAAGGUAUGCGUGGGUUGGCAAUGGCUGGCGUGCCUGACCUCGAAACCCCACAUGGGAUUGAAGAUCGUAUGUAA